CUCUACCGAAAAGGCUUUCAUCCGGGUACCUGUUCGCUGCGUAGUGAGCCAUUCGCUCCAGAAGUCACCUUGGACGCGGUAUUGGUAAAGGCGCAUCAAGGGCCACUCGUACAAGAUGAAGGGACUAACUAUGCAAAGCAUUAAGGCGAACCCUUCAUUAAUUCCGCUGUUUGUGUGCACUGGUGUGGGAAUGAUUGGAGCCUUUGGUUAUCUAUUUCGGUUAGCUACAAGGAACCCCGAUACCAGCUGGAAUAAGAAAAGCAACCAGUUGCCUUACCUGAAAAUGAAGCCAACUGAUCAGUAUAAGUUCUACUCGCCUAUCAGGGACUAUUCCAAGGAAACCUUCCCCAAGGAAAGACCACAGCUGGAUUAAGGAACAGAAUUAACUAGGAAAUUUGUGUACAUGUAUAUCUCUUAAUAUAGAGCUUGGAAAAAUGCUGUAUAUAGGUCCUGUUGUGUCAGUUUGAAUAAUGGUUGCCAUAUACGCCGCUACAUUAGUCCAGAAUUUUUAGUGGCAAAGUUUUGGUUAAUUUGGUCAAUUUUCCAUCAUUUGUCCAUAUUGUCUCUGUGAAAGCUCUUCUAACAUGGUGUGUGUAAGGUCUGGUCUCCAGUUUUUUAGCCACAUUCUGUCCCAGUGUGUCUAUUAAAUUUGAAAGAAGGAUGGGUGGAGUUAAUAUUAGUGCUGUUUUCCUCUGUAACUGACCUGGAAUAACAUUUCAUUAAGAAUUUGCCAGUUAAUACAUGACUGCUGAGGAUGUAAUAAAGUGUUAUUUCAUGCAUUUCCAAACCAAA